AUUGAAAGGCAGCAUACGCAGACAAGUCUGUCAUCGUCGGAGAAGGGUCCAGGCCGCUUCUACAUCCGACAGUGUGGGGGGCGCGUGUUGCCGAUUCUGGUAAUGAGUGGCUGACGUUGCGGUUUGCAUCCGAAAACCAGCCACUCCACUCCCUGCGCCUCAGCCUCGACAGGGUACGAGCUUGGAAAAUGGCUGAGCCUGUUGCUCGCGGCACACUCGAUGCUGUUCACGCGAGAGAUGAAGAUUUGGGUGGGAAGGUGCAUACUUUCAACCCAGAUGCUAGUCCGGAGCAGAAGGCUGCACUUGCAGGCCAGGCUAAAGGUCAGCUUUCCAGUGUGACCAACGGUGCUCCGAAAGAGGCCCGGGGGAUUAAGCUGGAUACUGGCGGUCCGCCUGUCCAACCCACUAUCAAGGUUGAGGAUAUCGACGAAAGUAUCGGCGACGGAGAGAAGAAAGCGGAAACCACGCCCCCAAAAAUCACCGAACAGCCCAUUCCUGGGGCCCUUCCUGAUGGUCCUGCUUAUGCCAUACCCGACUGGUAUCGCGUUGGUUGGCGAGCUGUUUCAGGAAUCGACCGUCCGGUUGCUGACGGGGAAGAACGCGACCGACAUAUCAUUUCCAUGUUCAUUGAUGACAUGUAUUAUGGCCAAUGGUACCACAACGCAGGAAUAAUUGUCUUCGCUGUGGUGACAACUUAUUUCUUAACCGUCUUCCGCUUUGGAUGGGGGUGGUUGUUUAUUGUUCUUGCCGUAUGCGCCACCUACUAUAGCACCUCGAUGCGGCGCUUGCGGCGUGCGGCGCGCGACGACAUUCAGCGAGAACUGAUCAAGAACCGUCUCGCUAGCGAGCAUGAAUCCGCAGAUUGGCUAAACAACUUCCUGGAUCGCUUUUGGCUUAUUUAUGAGCCAAUCCUGUCUUCUACCAUAGUCUCUUCAGUUGACCAGGUCCUCAGCAUAUCGACUCCAACCGGGGUUGACUCUAUGCGUUUGUCCACAUUCACGUUGGGCACGAAGGCACCCAGGAUAGACAAAGUCCGGACUUUCCCAAGAACAGCCGAUGAUAUCGUUCUCAUGGAUUGGGCAAUAUCAUUCAACUCAAGUGACUUGGCUGACUCCACCUCAUUACAAUUGGUCAAUAAGGUCAAUUCCAAAAUUGUUCUCGAGAUUCGCAUUGGGAGAGGCGUCGCUACUGCUGGAAUGCACAUUCUUGUUGAGAACAUUGUUUUUAGCGGAGAAAUGAGGGUCAAGCUGAAGCUGAUGACAAAUUACCCUCAUAUUCAAAUCGCUGAAAUCAGCUUUUUGCAACCCCCGGUCCUUGAUUACUCUCUUAAGCCUAUCGGCGGUGAUACUUUCGGUUUUGAUAUCAAUAAUAUCCCUGGACUUUCUUCCUUCAUCCGUGACCAGGUCCAUGCUACUCUGGGACCCAUGAUGUAUGAUCCCAACGUUUUCACUCUGAACCUCGAGCAAAUGUUGUCGGGAACCCCUCUCGAUAGUGCAACUGGAGUUUUGCAAAUUAAAAUCACAUCUGCCAGAGAUCUCAAGGCAGUCAAGUUUGGUGGUGGAGUACCAGACCCGUAUGUUUCUCUCAGUAUCGAACACCGUGUCGAGCUUGCGAGGACAAGGUUUAAGCGCAGCUCGCCCAACCCGCAUUUUGGUUCCACUCAUUAUCUCCUCCUUAACUCGACGAACCUGCAUGAGACUCUCACACUUAGUGUCCUAGACCACAACGACCAUCGUAAUGACACUGAGCUUGGGACCGCGAGCUACGAGCUCAGCCAGCUUCUGGAUGAUGCCACACGUGAAGGUAUCAUCGUCAAGGUUUUGAAGGAUGGAAAGGAGUGUGGCGAAGUUAUCUUCGACUUAUCGUACUUCCCUGUCCUAACGCCUGCCAAAGGCCCUGAUGGACAGUUGGAGCCUGUACCGGAAACUUCUGUUGGAAUUGUUCGCUUGAUAUUACAUCAAGCGAAGGAGCUGGACUUGUCCAAAGCGCUCACCAGAGACCUCAACCCAUUCGCCAAAGUUCUCCUUCAUCAUCAACUUAUCCACAAAACCCCGACCUUCAGGCAUACAGCAUCUCCCGUUUGGGAAUCUGCGGCUGAAUUCCUUGUCUCGGACCGCUCGUCCUGUGUAAUUGCUGUUAAAAUCGCCGACGAGCGAGACAUGCUCAAGGAUCCCGUGAUUGGUUUCUUGAGCGUUCGUCUUGAUGACUUAUUGAAGGCAAAGGAGCAGCAGCGCGACUGGUUCCCACUCAGCGGCUGUAAGACCGGCAAACUGCGGAUGUCUGCGGAAUGGAAACCUUUGGCAAUGGCUGGCAGCGUUCAGGGCGCCGCUGCAUAUACUCCUCCUAUUGGUGUCGUCAGGCUUUGGAUUAAGGAGGCGUCUGAUGUCAAGAAUGUUGAAGCUGCCCUUGGGGGUAAGAGCGAUCCCUACAUUCGCGUUCAGAUGAAUGGUAUCACGUUGGCUCGCACGGAGGUCAUUAACAAUAAUCUCAACCCUAAAUGGGAUGCCAUCGUUUAUGUACCCGUGCAUGCACUUUCAGAUGUUAUGGUGCUAGAGGCCAUGGAUUACCAGAACCUGACAAAGGACCGGACUCUCGGUUAUUGCGAACUCGCCGUCAAGGACCUCGCCAAGCAAAACGCGGAAGAUAUGAAGUAUCCUUUUGCACCCAUUGCAAAACUUGAGAGAGAGGCUUCCAUCCGCCUUCAAGGCAACACGUUUAAGGGGAAACUUCAUUACGCGGCGGAGUUCGUCCCUGCUCUUAAUCUUGCUGGUACUACAUUUCCAGCCGCUGGCACGGAACUUGAUGACAGCGCCCCCCGAGAUGGUUCCGGAGAAGACAUCGCAUCGGGAGAUGAAUCUUCAUCUGAUGAGGAGUCUCUUGAUGGCAUUACCAUCGCUCCGAGUUAUUCUCUGAAGGACGACGUUCCUACCUCUCCGACCACGGCUAAUGGGGAUGGAUCAGCCAAGGAAAAGGCCCAUCGAAAAAAAGGAUCUGUUGAUUCCACCCGCAGCACAGGUACAGCUGCUGCUGCCAAGAAAUCAGAAACCAUGCCUCCCGUCCCUGAACAGGUUGGUGUUGAGCUGUCUCAGGAAGAGCUACUCAAACAACAAUCGGGCGUCCUUGCGGUGAACGCCAUUUCAGGAGAGCUCUGCAAAAAGGCUCGCCUUGAACUCCUAGUGGACGAAAGCUAUUGGCCCUCGUUCAGUACCGAGAGAGCGCGAAGCACCACUGCUCGUUGGGAUCAGGUCGGUGAAGGAUUCAUCAGGGAACUCGACUUUGGGAGGGUCUGGCUUCGAUUGAAUGAAAACGAGGAAGGCAUGAAAGAUGACAUUAUCGGCGACUUCAAGAUCGAGGCUAAGGCUUUCCUCGAACAAUGUUUGGGCAAGGAGGCUGAGUUCAUCCUCACAGACCAAAAUAGCAGGCGGACCAGCAAGGUGAAGCUGAUGGCCAAGUACAUCCCGGUGCCUGUCACCCUCGAACCCCGAGAGAGUAUCACUAAUAUGGGUUUGUUAAGAGUGGAUGUCCUCGGUGCCAGAGAUCUUCUCGCAGCGGAUCGGGGUGGUACAUCAGAUCCUUACGCCAUCUUCACCCUAAACGACCAGAAAGUGUACAAGACCGAAAAGAAGAUGAAGACACUCACUCCAACUUGGGAUGAAAAUUUCACGGUUCCAGUACCCUCGAGAGUGGCUGCACAAUUUAAAGUGGAAGUUAAGGACUGGGAUCAGCUCGGCAAUGAUGAUCCUCUUGGCUUCGCCACCAUCAAUUUGGCGGAUCUCGAGCCUUUCGAGUCCACAGAACGUACACUCAGCCUUCAGACCCCCAAGGGUACGAAGGGUACAAUCACCAUAAAGAUGGUGUUCAACCCUGAGAUUGUGGCUCGCACACGUAAAAAUACUUCAACUUUCAUUGCUGCUGGCCGCGCCAUGACACAAGUCGGUGGAUUGCCCUUUAGUGCUAUCAAGGGCACAGCGCACGGUGUUGGAGCAGUGGGGUCGAAAACAUUUGGGCUACUUAGGAAGAACAAAACCAUUGAGGAGAGCGACGAGCUUCCAGUCCCUGCUUCCGCGGUUGUACCCGAAAUCCCUUCUACGCCAUUUUCCCAGCCUGCUGUGACAGAUGCGCUUGCCGCCAGCGGAGCAACCUCGUAUCCCAUAGUUGAUGCUUCUGGGAAAGGGACGCCGCCGACUGAGUUUGGAACACUGAGAGUCACUGUCGUUUCGGCCAAGGGCCUUGUCGGUGCUGCGGCUGGCGAUGGUGUCAAGCCAUACGUGUCGAUCAAGGUUGGCAAAAAGGAACACCAGACUAAGCACGUCCACAAGGCACUCACGCCAGAAUGGAAUGAACAAUUUGUUUUCACCGUUGGACCUGACAACCAGACUAUCUCGCUGGCCCUACUGGAUCACAAGACGUUGGCUAAGGACAAGGUCUUAGCGGAUGCCGAGAUUCAGAUUUGGCAACACAUCCGCUUGGGCGCAACACCGGUUCUGUCUUCUGAUGUCUGGGCUGAGCUUCGGAAUGGCUCAGGACUCAUUCAACUUCGACUGGAUUAUGAGAAGGCAUCAUCAACCAAUGGAUCCUUGGCGUCACAUCCACGAACGCCUUUGAGUUCUCCCUCGAGAUUUAAUCUCUCUAGGCGAACAGCAACUACACCAUCCCAGGACGACUAG